UCUCCGCACGCCCUAUCCCGGCUGCUGGCGCUUGCCGGGUUGCCAGCUUGCCGCCGGCCGCCUGGGGUCCAGCCCCGCGUGCUGCGCUCCUAGCGACCCAGAUUCCUGCCCUGUCCCCGCCCCUCCCGCGCCCGCUGCCAGUGCGGCAGCCGCGGCCGCCUCUGUGCAGGCUCCGCGCCUGGGACCGGCCUCGCCGACGGCCGCGGCGGGGCGCGCAGCUGGAGCACUUGGGGAGCGCGGGGAUGGAGACCCACCUGCCGCCAGCCCUGACCUGCUGAGCUUUUGCCGCCGCCGAGUCCACGACUUUGCAUGUGCUAUUUGGGGAACCCCCAGAACCCUACAUCUAAGCUUACACUUACUUUGACAAAGGCUAAUUUGGAAGCAAUUACUUGAGAGCAGUUUGUAGAACACCUGGAUCAUCAAAAUAGGCACAAUGAAGCACUUCCUGAGGAUUUCUUCAAGCAAGAAUUAACUUUCAUUAGCAAAUUCAUUGAAACUGUUCAAAAUAAGCCACUUUUCUCUUAGUAUUCCAAAAGAAGAUGUCAGAGUCACAAAUUUAAGGUGAUGCAGUAGUGUUGUACUACAGGUACCCAUACCCCUCACCCCAGAGGCAGGGCACUACAUGGUCCUAGGUGCAUCUCUUGUUUCAGAGGCCUCAUCGCUACUGAAUGGAAUCCUCCAACAAAGAAGCACAAGACAAGAGCUUACUUUUAUUUGGUAGCAGAGACUUCUACUGGAAGAGUGCUAUCUUUUGUUUUUGGCAGAAUGCUGAUCCAGGUGUGCCUGUAUUUUUACUGUAAAUUUUUGUGGCGUUGCCUGAAAUUUGUAAUGAGAAAGCUGACUGGAAGAUGUGAACUGCAACGGAUCUGUUACAAUACCAAGCCUGGAGCCUCUAGAACCAUGAAAAUUGAAACAUCGCUGAGGGAUUCAAAAAGUAAGCUAUUGCAGACCUCAGUGAGUGUUCACCCUGAUGCUAUUGAAAAAACUAUAGAAGACAUAAUGGAACUGAAAAAAAUUAACCCCGACAUAAAUCCACAGUUGGGAAUCUCUCUUCAGGCUUGCCUUCUGCAAAUUGUUGGGUACAGAAACCUUAUUGCAGAUGUGGAAAAGCUGCGCAGAGAACCCUACGAUUCGGAUAAUCCCCAACAUGAAGAAAUGCUUUUGAAGUUAUGGAAAUUCUUGAAGCCCAAUACUCCGCUGGAAUCCCGGAUUUCUAAGCAAUGGUGUGAAAUUGGUUUCCAAGGUGAUGAUCCUAAAACAGAUUUUAGAGGAAUGGGACUUUUGGGACUGUACAACUUACAGUAUUUUGCAGAAAGGGAUGCUGCAGCAGCUCAGCAGGUCCUCUCUGAUUCUCUUCAUCCAAAAUGCAGCAAAUUCAGCAAAGCAGAAUGGGAGAAGAAAAGGAUGGAUAAAGCAAUUGGGUACUCAUUUGCAAUUGUGGGCAUCAACAUAACUGAUCUGGCAUAUAAUCUACUGGUGAGCGGAGCUCUAAAAACUCAUUUCUACAACAUCGCUCCAGAAGCUCCAACAUUAUCUCACUUCCAGCAAACAUUCUGCUAUUUGAUGCACGAGUUUCAUAAGUUUUGGAUUGAAGAGGACCCCAUGGACAUAAUGGAAUUUAAUCGUGUGCGGGAGAAGUUCCGCAAGAGGAUCAUAAAGCAGCUACAGAACCCAGAUAUGGCACUGUGCCCACACUUCGCAGCCUCGGAAGGUUUAAUCAACAUGUAGUCACCCAUGCUGGUGUUAACGGGUACCCCGGAAUACUGCCUCGUCCUUGUGUUAGAUCUCUGCCUAGGUCCCAGCUCACACACUGGAUGCAACAGUGGUUGUAUGCAUGCCUGGUGGUACAGUGUUUUCAUAUCUUGGUCAUAAUUCCCAGAUCCCCAGAUACCACAGUUUCUGGAGUAUCUAUCGCCCAGCAACGGCUCAUAUUAUGGCAUCAUUCAGUGUUACAUCUUGCCUUGACACCCGGGAUGGAGAGAGUUUUCUAUUUUUUUAAAUUGUUUUUCUCUCCCUCAUAAUUUAGCAUUGAAGAAUUGUAUUUCUCUAGCUGUAUUUUAUAUGUAAAAGAUUUAGCAGAAUCUUGUUCUGUUAAAGCAUUUUAAUUUAUUGAUACGUUUCAUGACUACAGCUGCUAGCUCUUCAAGCCAGGUUCAUGCUUGGACUUAAUUCCAGUAAAGUAUAAGACUUUAAAAUAAUACAAACAGACACAUGAUAAGACACAUCAUUCUUGCAAACACCACUGCAUUUCAUGAAAAUGUAACGAGGCUUACAAGCAAAUUUAGGUAGGUGCUGUUUUUGUUUGAAGUACCACAGGAUUAUAUUGUAAUUUACCCCCAGUUGUAACUGUAGCAUAGUUAUCUGGACAUCAAAUUAUUUCAUUCCCAUAAUUUUACUGGCUUGGAUGCCUAAAUAUGUUUAUGAUGCUUGGAGCCUCAGAAAAGAAGUAUGCAUACUGCAAAAGCUGCAAAAGCUUUUUCACUGCCUGCCUCUUGCUGAACUCAAAGUUACACCCUAGCACUGUUCUGAUCCAGGCAGCUUCGCUUGGGGCACUGAGUGCUGGCUGGUUUGUUGUCUAUGUCAAGAGGUAAUAUUAAAAAACAAUUUGCAAGAAAAUGUGUUGCAAGAGAAGACCCUGAGCUAUGUCAUUCUGUAAUAUUUCUUGAAACUAAUGACCUUGUCUUUUAUCAGUGGAAGAAGUAAAUUGUUUGGAAGAGGAACAAAAUCAAAUCAUUUCAGAACUGCUUGUAAU